UAUUUUUUAUUGGGCCUUAGCAUAUAUUGUAAUCAUUUAAGUAAAUAAAUGAAAUACAGCUCUUCUAGAUCACAAUGCUUUAAUUAUUUCCUCUGGUCGUUGGAUAAAUAAUUAUGGAACCUCUCUCAGAGGAAUAUUUCCAGAGUAUUUUUUUUUUUGUUUUUGAAUACUGAAAAAUAUUGGAAUAUUCCCAGACAUUCAGUAGGUUCUGCACUAGACCAUUUCAUUUCAAAUAUGCGAAUUCUACCAUGGCACACAGACGGACACUCCAAGGACACCAUCUACGUAACCAGUUCUCGACCUUUAAAUUAAAAGCACAAAGCAACACCGCUGGGCCACACGCCACCGCAGAUUAAUAUCAUCUUAUCAAUAAUGGGUUUUACCUCUUCAGGAGAGCCAAUUAUGGAAACAAAGAAAUGGUAAUAUUGAAACGAUGUUGAGUGAACAAUAGUUAAUAGAUGUUCAUCAAAUAACCUUAGGAUCUGAAAGGUUUACAAAUGGAUUUCCAUGGCCAUAAGAAAACAAAUCUAGCUACUGGUGCAGAAUUGUACAUAAACAGAAUGGAAUCAUCCACCAAAGGGAUUUUCUUAAAUAAAUAUAGUGAGCAUAAAUUUUAAAAUGUAUUUUAUUACAUAGGUAAAUAAUGACAUUUGGCAUGGUUGUACCAACAAAAUGUAAAUAUGCUGAAAACUUUUUUAGAAAUUUACAAUAAAUUGUGUUAAAUGGUAUUUGAAAGUUAAUUCAUUACCCAUACUGUUAUGCUGUUGUUAGUUGGGCCAACCCCUCGUUGGACUAGUUAAGUAAUUUCAAGGCUGUUGAUUGGUUAAAUGACUGAGAACAAAUUUUUGAAGGCUGCCAUUGGUUGACUGAUGAUAACCAAUUUAUUGGCUGUUCAUUGGUUGGAAGAUGUGGGAACCAAUCUUUAUGGAUUUAAUUAAAUACAAAGAACUAAUUACCAGGUGAUCAUUGACACUGUCAACAUCUUCACUGGUUGCCUUAGCGAAAAGCUUUUAAAGUUUGUUUUUAUUUUUAAUUUGAUACACGUAAAAUAUCCAUUAUGUGGCAAAGCUAAUAUAUACUGCCUCCCCCAAAUGUGUUCAAGUGCAGCCAGUGUCUUAAGGAGUUCAGGUAACGAGAAGCUAAUUACAUAAUACAGCUGUUUACUAUUUAUUUUUUUUUGGUUGAUUUCGAUAAUGCCUAAUUUUAGAUAUAUGAUCGUUACGUCAUCAGGAUCUCGUUUAUAAUUCUUCUCGUAAAAAGUCAGUGAAAAGAUGAAUCAAUAUUCAAAGAUUUACAUCUACAUGGCAUUUGGAUUUAUACUUGAAGAAUAGUGUCCAGCUGGUGAUGAAAAGUGAUCGUAAGUGGUUGAUGAAACAUACGUUUUCUUUGCUGAUUGGUUAACUAGUGAUAAUCAUUCGUUUUGAAAGUUUACAAGUCAGCGUGCAUGUGAACACAAGCUAACACAAGCUUACACAAAAUAUAUCUGUAUUUUCUUAAGGAAAUCUUAGACCAUGGAGGCUAAAAAUUGCUCUUUGGUUGACUUCAGCAUUUCUCAACCGACAUUGGUUUUCAGCGUCGUAUACCUUGUUGUGGUUGCUGUGAUUGGAAGUUGUGCAAAUGCAUUCGUCAUGUUCACGAUCGUUUAUGUUCCUUCGCUGCACAACAGCUUCUACUUUCUAAUGUGGUGUUUAUCUCUUGUGGAUUUUAUCACCUCAUUUGUAUGUGUCCCCUUUUUUAUAUUGACCAUGAUCGCAGGACAGUGGCCGCCGAGUUUGAAUUAUGUGGGCUGUAAAUUCCUUGCCAUGCUACGCUUGGCGUGUACGGGAGCUUCUGUUGUUGUUCUUGGCAUGAUCAGUAUAAAUCGCUUUGUCAAAAUAAGCAAGCCAGCGCAAGUGUACCAGAAAUUUUCCAAACCGCUGCCAGUUGCACUACUGAUGGCUGGACACGCUGUGAUUGUCGUGGUACCGCUUCUUGGACCAGUGUAUGGUACAGGGGCAAUCGGUUACAACGAAGCUUUUCGCCUUUGCUCUGCUGUAUAUUGUGAUUAUAAGGCUUGGCUUUAUCAAGUUUUGCUGUCAUCUCUGAGCGUAGCGUACACUCUUUUAUCGUUCGUCAGCACAAGCUAUUUGAUACUGAGAAAACUACAUCAGAGCAGUCGACGUGUACAGAAUCAUAGUGGCGAUAAAGACCAUGGGACGUCUAACAACAGGUUGAUUCUCUCGCAAAGCGAGUUAAAAACGACCAAGAUGCUGUUGCUACUUCUUCUGAUGUUCCUUGUCUGUUGGAUUCCAUUAAUGAUUACGGUUUGUUUAGAUGGUAAUUUUGAUUUGCCGCUAGAAGCCCUGAGAAUUACAGACCUAAUUUUUUGGGCAAACUCAGCGAUAAAUCCGUUUUUAUAUGCAAGCAUGAACAAAAACUUUAUGCAGUGUGCUAAGCGAAUAUUUAAAUGUCAUCAUGCAGAAGUUUAAAAGAGAACUUUUAUUGAAUUGUCACGUUGAUUUUUUA